UUGCCAUGCUGCAAACAUCAGGCAAGCCAGGGCCUCAUUAAUGUUGUACCUUCUGAGAUACAAAUAGUGGACAGGACAACAUGCUAGAUGAUACGUGUACGAUACACCCAAGUAACAUCCAAUAAUGCCCUUACUAGUACUUUUUUGCAUCUUCUUCUACCUCGUUGGAGUCAUCCAAGCUGCACCAACAAUAAAUACAACGUUAACAAGUACUACUACCACCGACAGUUUUAAAGACCCAUCAUUCACGACCAGAACCCUAUGGUCCAUCAUCUCUAGCUCCGUCCUCACUCUAUUUGCAUGCAUAUACAGUGCCAUUCACCCUAACAUUCCGAGUCCUAAGGACAGUCCCAAUUGCAUCAUACGGCGGCGACUUGGCAUCAUGAUAAUGGCACUAAUCGCUCCUGAACUGAUCGUCACAUGGGCUAUGCGUCAGCGGAUCUGUGCUCGCCGUGUUACAAGACAGUUCAAGAAAUUGGGGUAUCCCAGGAUUGGUCCGGAGUCGGAAGAAAAGCAGUCUGUUGAAGCGCCUAAGCAACGUGAAAUUUGCUUCCUUCGCCUCCUUGUAACGCUUGAUGAAGGUGUAUCACAUGUACCUGUGUUUCUUUGGCAUUUCCCUGGUGCUCUCGCGAGUUGGGUCAAAAGGUCGGUUAAGGCUCAUUUCUCAGAGCAUUCUGAAGAUGAUUCUUGGACUCAGACGCACAGCUCCUUUGUGCUGAUGGGCGGUUUCAUGCUUUAUGUGGAUGGGAAACCGUACCUUACACUACAGCCCGAUGACAUUCUCAAACUGAUACGCAAAAAGUGUAUAGACGCUCCCACCCUAACGGCGAACCAGAUCCAGGACAAGAGCAAAGGCAAUGCGAUAUCGAAAGGACUGAUCAUGCUUCAGGUGGCCUGGUUUGUUAUGCAGCUCAUUACCCGUGCCAUCUAUCACCUCGAAACCACCCAGCUCGAAGCAGGGACACUCGCUUUUGCGGUUCUCAAUUUCCUCACCUAUGCUGUGUGGUGGAACAAGCCUCUCAAUGUCCGAUGUCCACAUCCAGUGUACUGGAAGUCGACCGAGUUGAGGCCAGAGGAUCACAUUUAUGUUGAAGGAGACAAACUCGCUUGGCUUGGGAUCUUAGCUCCAGUAUUCCGUCCAAUUGCAGGACAGAUAGGCUCGCAUCCCAUUCAUACGUCUCGACAGCUCCGAGUUCCAACAUUUGAUGGCAGCAUCAAACUCGAAGAUGGGGAAAAGACGGUUCUUCAGCUCGCUGCAUUGCUUAUGGCAACCAUAUUUGGCUGCAUCCAUUGUAUGGCUUGGUUUUUUGCCUUCCCCACAUACCAGGAGCAGAUGCUAUGGCGCAUGAGUGCUGUUGCUAUAACUUUCACACCCCUGCUUUGUUUUCUUGUGAAUCUCACAGGAAAUUUAGUCCAGAGGGUCGUAGUACUUGUAUGUAGCCUGAUGCUUUUGGUAUCUGUCAUGUUGUACAUCACAGCUCGUGCCAUCCUCUUGGUACUUAUGUUCACCACUUUACGCAAUCUUCCUCCUGACGUGUACAAGGCAGUGUCGUGGAUCAGUUUAGUACCGCACUUAUAAUUCUUGAUCAUGG